AUGGUCGCUGCUAAUCCGCCUUUGAUUUUAAACAGUGCACCAGGUGCUGCUAGCUCUGAACAUCAACAACAAAUGUCAUCAAACUACAAUCCAAUGGCCUAUCCAUCUUACAGUACUGCUUCGGCAAAUUCAAACACUUCACCAAAUGCAAGUUCAUUGUAUCCCUACAACUUGCCAGCCCAACAACAGCCAGACAACAACAGAUAUUGGAACAGUAACACGCUUGCCAACAAUACCAGCAAGCGUCAAGAUAAUGUUAAGCGAUAA